AUGAGAAACACAAGAUUGCUUAUGUAUGAUUAUAUGCCAAAUGGGAGUCUCGGAAGUCUACUUCAUGAACGAAGUGGCAACUGCUUGGAAUGGGACAUCAGAUUUCGAAUAAUACUAGGAGCAGCUCAAGGUUUGGCUUAUUUACACCAUGAUUGUGCUCAUCCCAUUGUUCAUAGGGACAUUAAGGCCAACAACAUCCUCAUAGGCCCUGAAUUUGAACCAUACAUAGCUGAUUUUGGGCUUGCAAAACUUGUUGAUGAUGGAGAUUUCGCACGAUCUUCUAGUACACUAGCUGGUUCCUAUGGUUACAUAGCUCCAGAGUAUGGUUAUAUGAUGAAGAUAACAGAGAAAAGUGAUGUUUACAGCUAUGGUAUUGUUGUAUUAGAAGUACUAACAGGGAAGCAACCAAUUGAUCCAACAAUACCAGAUGGACUCCAUAUUGUUGAUUGGGUAAGACAGAAAAGAGGUGGAGUUGAAGUGCUUGAUGAAAGCUUAAGAGCUAGGCCAGAAUCUGAAAUUGAGGAAAUGUUGCAGACCUUAGGUGUGGCUUUGCUUUGUGUAAACUCAAGCCCAGAUGACAGGCCAACCAUGAAAGAUGUUGUAGCAAUGAUGAAAGAAAUUAAGCAGGAAAGAGAGGAAUAUAUGAAAGUUGACAUUCCUCUUGAUGGAUCUUCUGUAAAUCAUCAACAAGAAAGUAAUCAUUUUGGUGAAGAAAAUGGCAAAGAUGAAACAUGCAUGCCCAAUAAGCAGCAGCAGCACUAA